AUGCAGAGCGCUUCACAAGUUUCAAUUGCCAGCAAGAUCUCCGGCAUAGCGGCUGGAUUGGGCCAAGACCGACUUCCCUUGACCGCAGUGUGUACAAACACCUGCCCCAAAGCGCGAGAUGGGGUCUGCCAGGAUGGGAGGCAGGUCCUAAAGGCCUCCCGCCAGCAGCCCUUCCCGGUCCUCUGUGACCUGGGCACCGACUGCGAGGACUGCGGCCCCUGGAUCACAUCUGCCAGCGAGGAGCAGCUGGCGUGGACGCCCGUGGCAGACAUUUUGGAUGCCAAUAUGACCAUCACGAUGCGGGAGCUGGCACUGCCCCGCGCCUUCAGCUUUGCGGUCACCGACCCGCGCAUCGACGUCGACGUGUCGGCACAGGUCAUGGCCUACGGCUACUUUGAAGGUCACACGUUCCGCAUCUGGCACGACAUCUUCAUGGACUGCGGGACCCCAGGCAGCCACUUCAUUGAUGUGGGCGGCAACUUUGGCUACUACUCGGUCAUGGCCGCCGUGUAUGGCUGCAGGGUCACGUCUUGGGAGCCUGUGCCCACCUUCUCUGCAUACUUCAAGUACAAUGCGCUCCUGAACGACGUGGCGCAUCGGAUAGAGCUGCGGGAGGCCAUCGUGAGCGACGAGGACGGCAAGGAGCUGACCAUCACCAUCCCCAACCACGGCAUCCUGGGCACCGCCGGCGUGGACGGCAAUAACAUCGACACGGGCGACGUGCUGCCUCUGACGUCCUGCACCAGCGCUAGUCCCCCGGUGCUCCUGCAGAGCUGCAGCCUGGCCACUCCCUGCGCCGCGGCUCACUGGAGCUACGGGCCCUGGAGUGGGUGCGACGCGGCGUGCGGGGGCGGGGAGGCCAGCCGCAACGCCACCUGCGUCGACGGGCCCUGCACGGAGCCCGCCGCCCUGACGACGGAGUGCAACACGGGCGCCUGCACCGCCCACGCCUGGCGCACGGGCGACUGGCAGGCCUGCAGCGUGACCUGCGGGGGCGGCGGCUCGCAGAGCCGCACCGUGCCGAGCAGUUGCACCUCCGGCAGCGUGGACGCCGCCGGCGCCUGCUGCGACUCUGGCGUCGUGUCCGGCACCGGCGCCUGCUGCCCGUCUGGUGCCUCGCUGGACGCCUCCGGCGCCUGCUGCGGCGCCGGCAAGGCCCUGGACGCCUGCGGCGUCUGCGGCGGAAACGCCACGGCCGUCGACGCGCUGGGUGCCUGCUGCGCUUCGGGCCAGCUGGAUGCCGCGGGGCUGUGCUGCGCCAGCGGCGCGCUGGACGCUUGCGGCGUCUGCGACGGCCUGGGCACCUCCUGCGACCUGGCCCUGUCGCUGCGCAUGGGCGUGAACGCGAGUCUGGUGAGCGAUGGCGGGGUGGAGCAGGCGCCGCUGCAGGCCUACCUCGACGCGCUGGGGCGGGCGGCGGGCGUGGACGGCCUGGGCCAGGCCGAGGACCUUGCGCUCAGCACCGGGGGCAGCAGGAGGAGGCGGCGGGCUCUGCUGCAAGCGGGGGGCCCGGCCACGGUGGGGCAGGGUGGCGCCCAGGAUGUCGGCCUGGACCAGACCGCCGAGGCACCGAGCCCGGCGCUGGCCGCCGGGUCCCCGUCCACUGCAGCCGGGUCCCCGUCCACUGCAGCCGGGUCCCCCGUCACAGCGCCCACGCCAUCGGCCUCCGGCGCCUCGACGCCACCGACAGUCCUGGCGACGCUGACCGUGCCUGCGGACUCACGGACGGGGAACUCGCCGUGGACGCCGGGCUGGUUUGCUGCCACCCUGGUCCCGGGCGCGGUGAGCGACGAGGCCGUCCAGCUCCUGGCCCCGGCCGUGGCAUCCAGCGUGGCCGUCUGCGGCAACGGCGUGUGCGAGCUGGGGGAGGUUGGGCAGGCCGGGUCCGGGGUGACGGGCACCUGCCCCGCCGACUGCCCGCUGGCCACGCCGGCGGGGUGCAGCGGCGGCUGCGGCGCGGGGACGUGCCAGGCCGCCGCCGGCACCUGCCUCUGCUGGCAGGGGUACGCCGGCGAGCGGUGCGCGACCUGCGCCGCCGGCUACGCCGUCGGCGCCGCCGGCGCCUGCUCCGCGGACGUCGUCGCGCUGGGCCUGCUGCGGUCCCAAUCGCAGUCUUCGCCGGGGCAGGUGCCGCACCCCGCCCCCGCGCCCGCCCCCGCCCCCGGCCCCGCCCCCGGCCCCGGCCCUGGCGCAGUCGCCUGGGCCCCGCCGCCCCCGCCGGCCAACGGCACGGUGGAGGACGCCAGCGUGGCCUCGGGCGGGCCUCCGCUGGGCGCCAUCCUGGGCCCCGUGCUGGUGGCGCUGGCCAUCGCGGCGGCGGUGAGCACGCUGCUGUGCGUGCGACGGCGGCGCCGAGCGCUGUCCCGUGCCGGCUCGCCCUUCACCCCCGCGCCCUCGAGCGGGGGCGGGCCCGACCUGGAGAAGGGCGGCGGCGGCGAGCCCCGAGAGGUCAGCCUGCGCGAAAAGUACGGCAGCCCGACGGGCGGCCGGGGCGGAACCGACCCUGGCAGGAUCGCGGCCGUGCACAUACUGUGCGACAGCGACGACUCGCCGGGCGGGGCGGCGACGGGGGGGAGGUACGACGCGCAGGCCAGUCCCCUGGGCCCGGCGGGCCGCAAGGUGGCGCUGGGCGGCGCGGCCCUCCUCGCCCGCUCUGCGGGGCUGGAGCCUCGUGGCGCGCGGGAGGUGGGAGGGGUGUGGCGGAGGGUGGGGUCGGACCCGGGGGUCGAGGGGUGCGCGAUGUCGGGAACGGGUCUGGGGCAGCUGUGCAUGGGGAUGCACCGCCGUUCCCCGCCACUUGGACCGCCUCGUCACCGGCAAGGACGUGCGGUGAAGCGCGUGGCGAGUGCCGCGGGUGACCCAUCCCUCCGCCGCCGCGCAACCCCCCUCGACCCUUCCUUCUCCACUCGCAAGGCGCCGCGCUUCAACGCGGCCCUGUACCAGUGCGAGUCCAGCGGCGGCGACGUCCCCGGCCUGAGCGGCGGCGUCAGCGGCGCAGCCUGGUCCCUGGACUCGCGGACGCCGGCCAGGGCGGGCGAGGCCGCGCGCCGCGCGCCCACCGCCAGCUCCGGCUCCAGCGGGGCGCCAGGGUCGGCGCCGCGCUGCGCGCCGUCAGCGCCCUCCCCCGCGGAGACACGGGGCUCGGCGCCCCACGCCUGGGGGGAUGCCGGGCCCGAGGCGUCGUGCGUGUCGGCCUCGGCGCUGGCGGGCGCCAGCCUGGCGGUGUGCCCCGGGACGGAGGGGGGGCGGGGGACCGGCAGCGUGGCACGCGGACCGGACACUGCCACCAGCGCCGAGCGGUCCGCGGCGCGCGCCGCGGAGGCCAGGCAGGACGCCGAGCUCGACCACUACCGCAUGGCGAUGCGGGCGACUUACACCGGGCCCCCCAUCGACCCCCAGGCCCGCCUCUUUUACAAUCCGGCCUUUGCCACCGCGGCCACGCCGUCGAUUGCGGCUCCGGGUGGCGUGCAAGGGCAGGAGGUGAGAGGCAGCUCGCCGGCUCGCGCGCUGGGGUCCGCGCCGGCACCGCAUCCGAAGCCCGCGCAUCCCACCGCCCAGGAGGGCGGGUCCGUGGCGGGCCGGGGCGCCGCGGACGCCGCGCCCAACCCCAUCGAGGCCGGGCUGGCGGUGAGGCGCGCGCGACUGGCGGCGCUGCACGCCCACGGGGCCGGCGCGGAGUCCGUCGAUGAAGCGGCUGGGUGA